AUGAUGGAUGAGCCAGGCUCGGGAGCCAAUAUAAAAGACGCUACUCCGCCCAAUCGCGGCUUAAUACCUCACCUACCAUCAUCAUCAUCAUCAUCAUCAUCAUCCAUUAUGCCUCCAGUUCGGUCUUACCUGCCAGCUCCCAUCUCGUUGGCUCUCACUACACCACAUAAAUUAAGUCCCGUCUCCUUUUCUCUCGCUCGCCUACCCACUGGCUGGUGGUCUGUGGCUCUGCGGCUCUAUGGCUCUAUGGCUCUACUCGUCUCCCCAACUCUCAGACAUAUUUCUCACGUCUUUCUACAACUCAUCGUCAUACCCAGUCCAGCUACGUCCCCACCAGGGGCUUUGGCUUUGGGGUCGCCUCAAACACUCGCAAAGUUUUAA